AUGACGACUCCAGAGCUUAUAUGCGCCAACUGGGACCCCACAAACAUUGACUGCAAGAAGGAAGGCAGGUACACCUGCAAGAACUGCUACCUAAUCCUUUACUGCGGUCCAGUAUGCCAAAAGGCCCACUGGACGCGACACAGAUCCGAGUGUAAGUCGCCCCUCAAUAAAAAGACAUGGCAGCCCGCUUGGGUUCUAGAGAACCGAAAGCCUUCAUUUAUUGCAGAAGGCUUGGGAGAACAGUUUGGGAUGAAGAAGUACCUCUGGGGCAACAUCCCUGCCUUCGACGUCCUUCGACUUGGAUCAAAUGAAGGGGAGGAAUAUGGUGGAGUGAUACGCAUCUUGUUUGCUGCUUCAGGAGAUCUUCGAAAUAUUGUCAAGACGAUUGCCGAGCUUCCGAGUAGCUAUAGCCACCCCCUCGAACUUACAAUAAACGACCGGGAUUUUGAAAUCGUGGCCCGCAACGUUAUCUUGCUUCUUAUUGCCCUAAUAGUGGAGGAAGUUGACGAGGCAGUCGAUUGCAUCAUUCACCUCUGGUACUCGGCUUUCGUACGAGAGUCAGACGUCGACGUCCUCCGGCAUCGAAUUCGACCUCUCAUCGAGGACGUCUGCAACAAGAUCAAAGACAAAAAGCCCGAGAGUCUCUUAGCGAAGACAUGGACUUUUGGACGGCACUCCCUCCGAGUUGUUCUCCAAAGAUCGUCUUGGGACCGUCUCGUGUCGUUUGUUGACCCACCAGCUAGCUUGACUGCUGAUCGUGCACGAGAACUUCGUGCAACUAUUACUCUAGCUGAAUCACGAAAGGACUACCGUGAUCGAUACAUGUAUUGCCAGUCUCCUUCGCAUCGAAUCGCUUUCAAUAAGUUCCGGGAGGACGGCCUCCUGCUUCCUUUUGGAUCCUCACGCAAUGAAUUUCGAGAACCAAACCGAACUUUCUUCCACACAGCUAAUACCUGGCCAAUGAAGGACAACGCCGAUCCGCUUCAUGGGUGGUCUUUGGACGAAGUUUCCGCUACAACAACAGGGCCUGCAACUGCAGACAUAUACGGCAAGCUCUACUUUUACAUUCGAGGAAUGCUCCGAUCCUUUCUCGGUCGGCUCCGGAGUCUGAAGCUCUCCUUUGAACUCUUUCAGCUCGACGCCGUUUCCCUUCCUGACCAUCUUGAAAAUAAUUCUUUCAGUAGAAUCGAGCUUCCUCCGAAAGGGAUGCCAACUUCCCACAAUGAUCCCGAGCUCAUCAAAUUUAACCUGGGCCGGGACCUUGUCAGAACGUAUGGCCACAUCUUCGACAGGUAUUCGAAGAAGUUUAUGUUUCGUGAUGCCGCCGAUUUGUUGGGAGCGGCCAUGAAGGAUACGCACACCAUCAUCGACAAGUGGCCCUACAGAUUGAAGCUCCGACCUGGCCAACCAGGUGCGCAAGAGGAGUUUGACCGGUGCAUUAGUGGAGGGAUGUCGGGGAAGGAGCGCUACGUGGAAUGGAAAAGAGUCCAUAUGGGUAUGAUUUGA